AUGCUGGCAUCACUGCGUUUGAGACGAAUCAUAAAAAUCACUUCAAAUUCAAACUCUCCGAAACUUCACUCAACUCUUGAACAACAACAACCACCCACAGAACCUCUCACAACAUCCCAGCUCAAAACCCUUGUUCUCAACAACUACACUAAUGCCACCUUCACUAACCUCAUCCAAAACGUCGUCGCUUCACCCGCCGUCCUUUUCACCGCCUCCCAUAACAUCUCCACCGCACCCUUUCACCCCCACCCAGACCGCUUUUUCAAUAUCGAUGUCUUGGCUCAACAGCUUCGCCAAAAUCGCUUCGAUGUCGCAUCCUGCUGCGUUUCACUCAAAUCCUCCGAUUCUCCCUUGGUUUUGCCCAAUUUGAAACUCAAGGUGGUCAUUGAAGCCCUUAGGAUGGUUUUGGAAGCUGUGUACGACGGACGGUUCGUCACGUUUUCCUACGGUGGACGCGUUGGUAUGGGAAGACACACUGCUAUAAGGUAUUUAAAAAACACUGUUCAAAAUCCUACUUGGUGGUUUACUGUUAGGUUUAAGCCUCACAAAUUUGAAUCUGCUCAUAUGGAUAACUUGUGUUUUUUCAUUCAACGUAAAGUAAAAGAUUAUGGUUUCAUUCAUUUGAUUAAGAAGUUGUUUGAGUGUAAAGUUUUGGUCAUUGAAUUAGGUACGAAUUCUCUUGGAAAGGGCUUUCCUCAGGAAUGUGGGUUGUCUUCAAUUUUGAUAAAUGUUUACUUUGAUGGCUUUGAUAAAGAGAUUCAAGAAACUCGGCUUCGGGAAAACCAACAGAGUCCGAAGAUGGUUGAUUCUGGUUUGGGAUCUGAUGUCCUUUACAAGCCAGUUAAGGUGUACGCUGUUAGGUAUUUGGAUGAGAUACUCGUUGCUACUUCAGGGGGUUCCAAGUUGAUGGCUAUGGACUUGAAGAUGAAAGUUGUGAAAACUUUGGAGCUCGAUUUAAGUUUGCAUGUUGAUAAAUUGAACACAGCAAUUCAUAGUGCUGUGUCAGAGAAGAUUGAGUUUCUUGGAAUGGAAUUCCAGGCUGUUCCGCCAUCGGUUUUACGCCCGCCUAUGUCAGAGAAAGCGAUCCGGGCACGCAAGAAGUACCUUAGACAAAAGGAAGUUAGAGCAUUUGAGUUCCAAAAUGCUAGAGCGAGGAAUAGGAGGAUAUUAGGGUUGAAAAUAUUUAAUCAUGUUUAUAAGAAGAUGAAGCUAAGUGACGGGUUUAAGUUUGACUUUAGUAUUGAAAACGAAGUCCGGGAGAUUUUUAAAUCUUGGGCAGAUGAAGUAGUGCAAGAGUUCUUGGGGAGUAUGGAUGAGUGUCAAGAAUGGCAUCGGAGUUUAACGGCCGGUGAUUUCCUUUCCUUGAGACACAUUAGAAAUCAGUUACCUCCUGAGCUUGUUGAUGCUUAUGAUAACUUCCAAGAACAGGUAGAUAAACAUUUGAAUCCUGUAAAACUCAGGAAAGUAAUUGAGGACAAAGAAAGAAGAGAAACGCAAAAGGAAGAACAAAGAUAUUCAAAAGGAACAGUUGAGGAUUUGACUAGGUUUUGUACGAAAGUCGAUGCACCAGUAUUACUCAUAAGAAAAGCUGUUAGGUUGGGUGCGUUUACGAAUCAUAUGGGCCGUCCAAGGCCUAUAGAAUUCCUUGUCGCUCUUGAGGAUGCUGAUAUUAUCAAGUGGUAUGCUGGCAUAGCAAGAAGGUGGCUUGACUUCUAUUGUUGUUGCCACAACUUCAAGGUUGUCAAAACUAUUGUAAGUUAUCAUUUGAGGUUCUCAUGCAUCUUGACAUUAGCAGAGAAGCAUGAGUCCACUAAGCGUGAAGCUAUAAAGCAUUUCAGCAAAGAUUUGAAAGUCUAUGAUAUGAACGGAAAUGAUGAAGUGAAUUUUCCCACAGAAAGGGAGGUUAAGAUGAUGGGAGAUAGAAAUCUUUCGGAUCCAAAACCUGUAGAUGGGGUUUUAUCAUUGGCUGUAGUAAGACUGGCAUCUGACGAGUCUCCAACACAUUGUAUUGCCCAUUUCUGUGACAAGACAACAACAGUAUUUUAUCGGGUCCGAUUGCUACAAAACACUUCGAAUGUGAACCCAUUGGAGAAUGAAAAAUGGGUGCAAGGGAUGGGCGUAAUUCAUGAAAGCCUGAACCAAAAGUGCUUCCCUCUCUGUACGGAUCAUGUACAUGAUUUGUACUUGGGGAGAAUCACUCUUCAAGACAUCGACUGUACCUCUUGCGUUGAUGUGGAAUGA